AAGAGGGCGCGCUUUGAGACGUCUAAAAAUAAACAUUUAUCAUCGACCGGUGUUGCUCGAGUCAGUCUGCUCUCUGUAAAUUGUGAAUUCGGCUGCAUUUUUUCGACUCAAGGAAAGCCAAAAAUGAAGUGAAGCAUACAUCAGCUAACAACAAAAUUGCAGCAACCUCAUCACUGGAAAGGAGAAAUCUGCAUCAACGUUUUCUUGGCGAAGUCAACGUUCAAGUCAUUGGAAUGUCUUGGUUGUUUGGCCCAUCCAAGAGCAACCUGCCUCCAAUCACCCCACUGCAGGAGCAACGCAGCAAACAGAUCGAGUCUCUCAAAGCGCUCAAUCCAAAUGUUGUUGAAUUGAAGCGAGACGUGGAAUACAGGGUCACAUUCAGUGUCGGCGCAGGAGCAACUAACAUUGCAUUGCACAUAACAUUGCCACCCCAGUUUCCACAGGAGAAACCGUUAGUGAAAGUAUCUCCACCUCUGAGGCACCCAUGGAUCAGCAACACACUGACAGUCAUAGGAUGCCCCGGCCUUAAUAAUUUUGGAGUCCACACAGACUUGGGUCGCGUCGUUCAGAGUAUCAUCCAGGAGAUGAGGACUAACCCACCGUUUAUGUUCACUGCAGACCCAGUCCAGACCAAUGCAGCUACCAUGUAUCAAUCCUACCAACCCCCCACGUCCCUGUCACCCUCAACCCAGUUCCCCGUACCCAAUCAGCAGCCUGCGUUGGGGUACAGGCCUCCCCCUCCCAGCCAACCCCCUACUGGUAUCCUGCUACAAGGGAACCAGCCACCGUCCACGUCACUGAUCACCACACAGAGUUCACAUCUCCCAGGUGCGUCGAUGUCAGCAGCUUCCCAGAAUGUCGAGGGGAGGCUCCCAAACCGCAUCGACACGCUGGAGCAUCUUGGCAUUGAGCCAAUGGUGGUGCCGACAGGAGGAGAAGGAAUGGGCAUGAGGCGGUACACUCUGCCGCCCAUCCCGCCCUCCCUCAAGGACAACCUGUCGGGGCUUAGCUCCACCCAGCUUCAGGAGAUUCUAGACAGCGAGGAGGUGGAGCUCAAGGUGUUCAGUGAGCUGCCGCAGGUCAAGAGGUUACUCGCACAGAGACGGGAACUGUACGACGUCUGCGAGCAGCUUGCACAGACCAACCUGAGUUACCAGCCCGAACUGGAGAAACUUAAAACCCGCUUGACGGAGAGACUACGGGAUAGAAAUGAACUCAGGAAUCGCUUUGACAUGAACUGUCUGAACCAGCAAAGUAUUAAUGAGCAAUUUGACCCCAGGCAUACACUGGACAUUCUGAGGGUGGCUGCGGCAGACGUGGAGCAUGAAUCGGAAGCAAAAGCCGAGGCGUUUCUGGAGGGAGGAUCGUCAGUGGAGGAGUUCCUACGAGAGUACACCGACUUGAGGAAGACAAUGCACCUGAGACGAGCCAAAGAAGAGAAGCUAGACAACAUGCUGAAACAUGGAGUCAUGCUGAAAUGAUUGGAAGACUAAAUACAAAAUCUUUCAAAUUGUCCUUUUGGGAGAGUUCAUUUAUGAGUGCUCCUGGUUUAAAGGGAAUAUACAACAUUUGCUUUUGCUGUAAUUUUCAGAUAUGGAUGAUUUAGGGGGUUAGUAAAAAAAAUAUUGUUACACU